AUGACGAAACGAGACCGAUCGGCUUUGAUCGGUCGGAGCACCAUUGAUGAGUGUAAAACAACAGGAAUAGUAUAUUAUAACAAUAACAGUAACAGCAUAAUCCACCAGAAGCUUAGCGAGUCGGAGGAGUUCCAAGAAUUCUUGGGCAAGAUUGAAGAAGAAGAGGCAUGGAUGAACGAGAAACAGCAGAUUCUUGGCUCGGAUAACUAUGGCGAUAAUAUGGCCGGUGUGCAAGGUCUUCUAAAGAAGCACGAUACUUUCGAAGUGGAUCUUCAGCUACACAAACAGCGGGUUGAUGAUCUGAUUCGUCAAGGCAAACAGCUAAUCGAUUCUGGAAAUCAUCAUGGUCCUCGCAUCAAGGACCGCUGUGAUCAGCUUCUUAAGCGCCUGCAUGAUAUCCAAGAUAUGGCCGCUCGUCGUCUGCAGAAACUUCGUGACAACUCUGCUUACUUGCAGUUUAUGUGGAAGUGUGACGUUGUGGAAAGCUGGAUUGCGGAAAAAGAGCAGCAAGUGCGCUCUGAUGACUACGGUCGUGACCUGUCGUCUGUGCAGAUUUUGCUCACAAAGCAAGAGGCCUUCGAUGCUGGCUUAAAUGCAUUUGAACAUGAAGGAAUACAAAGGAUUACGGAACUCAAGGACCAGCUGGUUAGCAGCUCUCAUCAUCAAUCACCAGCCAUCCAGAAGCGCCAUGCUAAUGUCAUCACCCGAUGGCAACAACUUUUGGCUCAUUCGGAGGGACGUCGUCAGAAAUUGCUCAAAAUGCAAGACCAGUACAAGCAAAUCGAGGAACUGUAUUUGGCUUUUGCCAAGAAAGCAUCAACUUUCAACUCAUGGUUCGAAAAUGCUGAAGAGGACUUAACAGAUCCAGUUAGAUGCAAUUCACUGGAAGAGAUUCGUGCCCUUCGUGAGGCACAUGCUGAAUUCCAGCGAUCUUUGAGCUCAGCCGAAGAGGACUUCCGACAACUACAGGCCCUAGAUAGACAAAUUAAGUCUUUCAAUGUCGGACCUAAUCCAUACACAUGGUUCACGAUGGAUGCUCUCGAGGAUACAUGGCGUAACCUGCAAAGAAUAAUCAAGGACCGUGAAGUUGAGCUACAAAAGGAAAAUGCCCGUCAGGAGGAGAACGACCGAUUGCGUCGAGACUUCGCCAAACUUGCCAAUGUCUUCCAUAACUGGUUGACGCAAACCCGGCAGGAAAUGAUGGAAGCGAGCGGGUCCCUUGAAGAACAGCUUGAAGUACUAAAACGAAAAGCUGGUGAAAUUCGAGCGAACAAAAUUCAGUUACGAAAGAUUGAAGAGCAAGGUGCUAUGCUGGAGAGGAAUUUAAUCUUAGAUAAUAGGUAG